UAUAAAAUGAAGUUCUUUGCUACUCAAAUCGCUGCUGCUCUCUUGGCUGUCUCUUCUGUUACCAAUGCUGCUAUCUUGCCUAGAGAUGAUACAAAUCAACAAGGCCAACAGGGUGAUGCUACUACGCAAUAUCCCAACAACACAAACGUUCAAUCCCUCAAUGGCACAUGUAAGUUAUUUAAAAGUUAUGUAUACACAAUACUCACCUGAGCUCCAUAGGGUUCUUGACCGCUGUCACUUCUAACGUCUGGGAUGCAUACACAUCUAUUGCUGGAAAGAUGAAUGUCAACGUUGACUGUCUUCAGCUCAACCUUACUGGCUCUUCCAACAGCACACUUGACUUGUUGGGCUCUGCCUUCUUGAACCGCACUUCUUCUGGUGCCGGUCUUAAUGCCACUGCUGCUGCCGCUCUCUUGUUGCAACCUCCUACGGGCGAUCUUAAUGUCACUGCUCAUGACCUCGCAUGGUCUGCUUACACUUCUCAAGUAUUCGUCAACAAGGCUCAAUGGGAUAACUUUACAUCUAAUGGCCAAAGUAACCAGAACGCUUCCGAAAGCGGUAGCAUGGCUAUUCCUGGAUCCCGUCCUAUGCAAGCCACUGUCUACACUCGUUUGAUCGAUUCUAAUGCUCAACCUGGUAGCACUGACUCUACCAACUAUGACACUAUCUUUGUCUGGGGCUCUCAUGCUUCAGUUAUUAACGAUGGUGGCAACACCAACACCAAACGUGCUGACACUAUCUACGGUGCUAUCCUCUCCAGAUCUUCUUCCGUCAGUCAAGAUACUUUCAACAAGACCUUGACUCUUUUGCCUCCUUCUGUCAAUAACACCUCUAUUGUCUUAUUAUCUGAUACAUGCAAUGUCAACCAUUAAGAAAUUGAUACAUAACUUUUUCAUAUCAGUGUCAUUCAUUCGUAUAAUUAACAUUAAUC